GGCGCUGGCCUCAGUUUUCCGGUCUGUCAAAUGGCUUCUCUUUGUAUCCCUGUUGUCAGGAUCCGAAGAGACCUGUUCGCGAAGAGGCGCUGUGCAGGACAGACAGCUCAGGGGCGAGAGGCAGGGCCGUUGGAGGCUAAGGAAAUGGGUGGAGCCCAAAGCCGGCCUCGGGCUCGUGCGAGGGGUCCCUGGCUGAGCAACUGUGCACCAGGCAGCUGCGGGCCCGGCCGGGCAGUGGGACCGGUGCCAGGCCUCUGUGCCUGCUGAUGUCCCCCCGCUGUGUGUGGGGACGAGGAAGUUAACCUGUUAUGUUUCCCACAGCAGUUGGUGCUAAGGAAAUUGCAUCAGUCUGUAGCUGCAACCCCCCUCCAGACCUUCAGGCUGCGGAUAAGUGUCUGCCCACAGGGCGGUGACCUCCUUCUCCCCUUCUGUGUCUCUGUCUCUGCCUCUGCCCCUCUCCUGGGGCCACCACUUGCUGACAGCCUCACCCAUCCAUACUGAGCACUCCGCAGGCACCGGCAUCGACUGCCCUUGGUCUGACCCAGUCUUGGGGUGCAACUCCUGCAAGCAGCAGCUCUGGGCAGCGAAUGUCACGAGUCUGUGAAUACAGUGCACGGGGGACCCUGCGUUCCUCCAAUGGCAUUAUGCACAGUUCAGCAAACAUUUAUUGAGUCCAUAGGCUGCGCGCGACUCUGUUCCAAGAAUUGGGGAUAUGGCUAUAGACAAGCCAGGAAAGGUGGGGGACACGAGUGUUGAGACAGACAUCAUUCCUGGACAAUCGUAGGGGUUGCUGCCCUCAUCCUGCUCCUGGUAGCCCUGCUGGCUCGUGUCCUCGUCAAAAGAAAACCACCCCGGGACCCGCUGUUCUAUGUUACAGAUUAAGAAGCUGAGAAACGAGGUCACGGUCGCAUCCUGAGACCGGCAUUGACCCCAAAGCCCAUGACCUUUGUGGCCCGAGCCAUUACCGCCUUCAAGCGCUUCCCCUGCCGGGAACUUUGCUGGGCGUUUACUCAUUCAGUGUCUGCUUUAGCCAGGCUGCGUGUCAGACACCCCUCAGGCCCCAGCUCCCUGUAGCAGCAGCACGCGCUUUCCAUACUCCCCCCGCUUCGCUGAGAUGCAACUAACAGGUGACCUUGUGCGACUGUGAGACGGAGGCUCGUAUGACGCGAUGCGCGCAUAUGCUGGGAGAUGGUGACCACGACCAGGUCGCUUGCCUUCAGUAAGGUCCUUCACCUCCCGUAAUCACCCGUCUCUGGUGCGCGGUGGGAACAUGAAGUAUGCGGUGCGGUGUCGUCGACCACGGUCACCACGCAGCAAAUCAGAUACCGCAACUCACUUGUCUUACACCCGGAAGUUUGUUUGGUCGACAUCUCCCCGUUUCCCCCACUCACCAGCCCCUGGCAACCACCGUUCCAAGCUCUGUUUCUGAGAACUCAGCUUUUCUAGAUUCCGCAUUGUAUGCAGUGUUCGGAUUUACCAGUGUGGUGAACCUCAUCAUAGCACUGGAACAGGACGGAAUCAUUGACGGGUUUGUGACACACUACUUGAGAGAGGUCGUUCAAGAAGUGCAAGCAAAGGACCUGCUGAGAAGACCAUUUGAUUUAAUGCUGGUCGUGUGUCUCCUCGUGGCAACUGGAUUCUGUCUGUUCAGAGGCUUGAUUGCUUUGGAUUGCCCAGCUGAGCUCUGCCGAUUUUAUAUACAAUUUCAAGAGCCCUAUCUAAAGGAUCCUGCUGCUUAUCCUAAAAUCCAGAUGCUGGCAUACCUGUUCUAUUCUGUCCCUUACUUUGUGAUUGCGCUUUACGGCUUAGUGGUUCCUGGAUGUUCCUGGAUGCCUGACGUGACACUGAUACAUGCUGGAGGUCUAGCCCAGGCUCAGUUUUCUCACAUCGGUGCUUCUCUUCAUGCUAGAACCGCUUAUGUCUACAGAGUCCCUGAAGAAGCGAAAAGCCUCUUUCUAGCAUUAAACAUAGCAUAUGGAGUUCUUCCUCAGCUCUUGGCCUAUCGUUGUAUCUACAAACCAGAGUUCUUUAUAAAAACAAAGGCAGAUGAAAAAGUUGAAUAAAAGUAUUAUUUCUUCCUCUCUAGAUGACUGACUUUUAUUCCUGGUACUGAUAUUCUGUCCCAUUUUACUCCCUUCCCAUACAGCAAUACUUAAAAAUAUGUAAAUUCGGGCUCCGCACUGUAUGUGUGAGCUCUCACAUGGUAUUGUGUGGGUAAAUUUUCUUCUCUUGAAGGAUAUGUGAAGUUGAGAAACAGUUUAAAGAAAUCUAUUCAAAAUUAUUUGUGAGUAACUUGACCAUCUAUUUCAAUAUUCUGUCUGCACAUAUUAAAUAUAACUGUAAACAUAUACAAUUUAGCUCCUACAAUAGUGAGCACGAAAAUGAAACUAUUCAGAAGUGAAUAUGGCCUGUGCAUAUUAAGGAAUUUAGAACAGCAGAUACAUUCAGGAGAAAUACUUUUUGCAUAUAAGAUAUAUAUGCAUCAUUAUCAACCUCAAUAUAAAAAGCAAAUUAUCACAUUAUUUUAAAAUGUUAUUUGACAAAUGUUUCCCAAGGAAAGUAUAUUAUUCACUGCUGUUGUAAACACUGCUUUUAAUAAAAAAUUUUUUGUGAGUCUGAAUGGCUAAGGAGGGAUCGGUGACUUUAUCAGUACCCUUAAUGAAUACCUGUUUUAUUGGUGACUGGAAAUAUUUUUAUUGUAUUUCUGUGUAUAUUUUUAAUAAAUUAUUUUUGGCCUUUUAUGAAAACAAAUCUUAACGAAUUUGAAACAUUUUGUAUUUUUUUUCCAAAAGCAGUUUUGUAGUCUUUAGGAUUUUUAUUCUAAAAAUCUGUCAGUUACAUGUUCCAAUUCAAAAUGUCAGCUACAUUCUCCUUAUGCUUUACUGUGAGCAAUGAACAGGACUUUUGAGGAACUGAUUACAUUUCACUAAUUUACAAUUAAAGUAAAAUAUUCAAAGUUAAAAAGUACUCUUCAAGGAAAAAGAACUGGAUUGGCAUCCCUAGUAUCUUUUAAUGAACUUUUCAUAUCUGGAAUGAUGAGUAUAGAGAAAAAUUACAAUUUGCUACAUGAGAGAAACAAACCAGAAAUACCAGCCGCCUUCUCAGAGCCUUAGAGGGGUAGGUAGACUGGUGCUUUCAUACCCUUGGCUGCCAUAAUCGUAAUCCCAUCACCACCACCAUCAUCAAUGGCCCUGGGGUCUUAGAACUUCUCACAUUUUCUCUUCAUGUUAUUUAUUUAGCUCUUCACCAAAAUAAGAAAACAAAAAGAAAACAUUGUCCAAGUCAACGCAUGGAUAAUGUCAAGUGUGCGCAUUUAGGGUCCACUGAGCUGGUAAAUAGUAUCUGAGACGUGCAAGCCAUCAUGUAGCCAUUCCUCUCCCUCCCCCAUGUUUACAAAAAACCUAAAACCCCGAUGUUCAAAAAAAAGAAAAAAGAAAGGAAAAAAAAAAAAAGAAAA